UUAUAUUAACUCUGUCAUGGCUGCUAUACUUUCACACAUUAAACUUACUGUAGUGAAUGUAAGUGCAUACUGUAUGCACACUAUAUUACCAAAAGUAUUGGGACACCCCUCCAAAUCAGUGGAUUCAGGUGUUGUUUUUCAGGUGUUGGACUCGGCCCCUUAGUUCCAGUGAAAGGAACUCUUAAUGCUUCAGCUUCGUACCAAGACAUUUUGGACAAUUUCAUGCUCCCAACUUUGUGGGAACAGUUUGGGGAUGACCCCUUCCUGUUCCAACAUGACUGCACUCCAGUGACCAAAGCAAGGUCCAUAAAGACAUGGAUGACAGGAGUCUGAAUAAAUGGGAAACUCGUCAGGAUUAAGCAUGGAUCUGACCGAAGUAUCUCCAUCAGCAGACGUGGAAUCAGACACGGAGGAGGAUUACGACUGCCCCAUCUGUCAGGAGGUGUUGAAAAUGCCCAUCCGCACCAGGAACUGCCAGCAUGUGUUCUGCAGGAGCUGUUUCCAGACAGCGGUGAGGAGUCAGGGUCUGCAGUGUCCACUGUGCAGGAGCCCCGUGUCCGAGAGAGAGCAGAGAGCCACAGACGUCCAGCAGAGGAUGAGGGUGAAGAAGGGGAAGUGUAGAGCAUGUGGAAAAGAGAAAUUCUUCAGUAAAAUGAGGCUCCACUACAAAACCUGCAGGAGGUAUAUCGAGGAAUUUGGUCCGAUCAGUGAACCCGCCCCUUCACUUCCUGUCCAAACUCCGAACUUACCAGAAAGCAGUGUGUUUAUCCGCAACAUCUCCUUUCCUACAGCCUCUAACAGUGCAGGGAGAGUGUACACGUGUCCAUACUGCUCUCUCGCGGACCUCAGUGACAUGGCCCUGGUGGAGCACUGCGUCCGUCAACAUCACCAUGACCGGACUCCUAUCGUGUGUCCGAUCUGUAUGCGGAUGCCAUGGGGGAUCACCGAUUACACCAGCAGGAACUUUAUUGGUCACCUGGUGCGCAGACACCGCUUCAGCUACAGCGGCUACAUGAAUGAAAGUGAGGAAGAAGAGAUGCAGCUCCUCACAGCACUGCAGAUGUCCGUCCAGGAGUUCUGAAAAACAUUCAAGAACAAAAUGUAUUUCUGCCUCACCAGAGGACCUGCACUUUAACCGACUGAUGACAAACACGCCAGAAGUCGUCAUUUAAACUCUUCUCCUUCUUUUUCUUCUGAACAUUUUUGUAAAUAAGGAUUAUUGAAGUAUUGUGGACUUUUACUGACUUUAACAUCCUUUUCUUAAUAAACAAACCAUCAAUUUGUAAGGAUU